AUGCCAAGCAUAACAACCCUCGUCAACCCCCUCUCAACCCUGUUUCAGGUUACACUAUCUGUAUUACGGACCGUAUUCUUGGUCUUUCUUUCGCAUCUUCCUGGUUCACAGCAGGCGAUAAAACGCAUUAGUGUUGCGAACACGUCUAUCCUGUAUCACGAUGGCAGAGCCCUCGCCACUUGCGAAAGUGGUCCGCCAAUUCGCAUCCAACUUCCGUCCUUGGACACUGUGGGUUGGCUUAAUGGUAUCCAGGCCGAAGGCGAGCCAGAAGACUUCAGGUCCCAGUUAGACGCCCAUCAGUUCGGAGGCAACGGCGCCUUGAGCUUUUUGAAGGAAUGGACGACCGGGCAUCCCAAGGUGGAUAACAGGACUGGCGAAAUGCUACUCUAUCACAACACAUUUCUGCCUCCUUUUGUUCACUACUCGGUAAUUCCAAGUAACCUCUCGAAAAACAGCAAAACUGCCAAACUCAAACUCAUAAAUGAGCCGGUGGUCGGAGUAUCUGGAGCGAGGAUGAUGCACGACUUUGGGGCUUCACAUACGCAAACCAUCAUUAUGGACCUACCACUAUCUCUAGAUCCUCUAAACUUACUGAGGAAUAGGGAAGUGGUAUCUUACGACUCAUCACAAGCCUCUCGAUUCGGCGUGUUUCCUCGACAUAAGCCACAUGAUGUACGAUGGUUCACCAGCCAGGCCUGCUGCAUCUUCCAUACAGCUAAUGCGUGGGACACAACCGUGGAAGGAAAAGUUGUGUCUGUCAAUCUCUUGGCUUGUCGGAUGACCUCAGCUACUCUCUUAUACAGCGCUGGUAAUAUUGCCCCUCCAAAUGUCUCAGGCAACAAGAAGGAUGUCGACCUCGAGAAGACCCCCUCGACUCGGGAAAACCUGCAUGCGCCGCCAGGGCCAAUGUGUCAUUACGAGAAAGGUUCAGUUCUCGAAUCAUACACCCCAAGACCAAAGGCCCUUGAUUAUCUCUCAACCCACGCAUCCGAGGACAACGACCAAUGCCGCCUAUAUUAUUACGAGUUUGACCUAUCCACAACAGAGAAGAACUUAGUUUCCCAUGAAUGGGCCUUGUCGGCGAUACCCUUCGAGUUCCCCUCUGUUCGUCCAGACUUCGAAAUGCAAGAAGCUCGCUACGUAUACGGCUGCACUACAUCGUCAUCAUGCUUUGGUGUCGUCCUUGGAAAAUCCGUCAAGAUUGAUGUUAUAGCCAAGAUUGACACCAGGACACUCAUUCAGAAAGGAAAGGAUAUGCAUAUCGCGCCUGUCACGGGGUGUGUAGAUGAGCGAACAGUCAGCGAAAUCCUUGACGAGGAUAACAAGGAUGAUCCUAUACAAUGCUUUCGUCUUCCCAGAAAUCACUUUGCCCAAGAGCCACGAUUCAUUCCCCGAUCAUCAUCAGACGAGGAGGACGAUGGAUAUCUCCUCUUUUAUGUUUUUGACGAGUCUCAGUUGACCAUAUCUGGCGAAUGCCCUCAAUCAGCCGUGUCCGAGUUUUGGAUCCUGGAUGCCAAGAGCAUGCGCAAUGUCGUUACAAAAAUUACGCUCCCUCAACGUGUGCCUUAUGGAUUGCAUGGAACCUGGUUUUCUUAUUCGGAUAUCGAGAAACAAAGGGAUAUCAAGACGUUUCGAAGCUUGGAGAAACUUCAAACAAGGAAGCACUGGUGGGUGUUUGGCCAAAAAGUAUGGUGGUGUUCCUGGGUCCGAUGGAGAGAAUUGUUAGAAAAGGCGGUUAGAUAA